AUUGCCACUUUCCAGUUACCACUUACCAGUUCUGCAUUCUGCUUCUGCAGUGCAGAUAUUUAUUGCUUAAAAUUUAUAAACGGAAAGUUGUUUCUCAAAUUUUAUAUAAUGAAGCAUACAAAUGAGAAAUUUGAUGUUGAACGGUAUUUUCUGGAUAUUUUGGACAAGGAUGAUAGCCUUUCAUCUGGCAUUGCCGCAAUCAAAACACUGUUGAUGGUUUUAGAGAAAACAAAGUUUGAUACUGUACAGGAGCUGCAUUCAACCAUCCAAGCAGCGGUACAAACCAUGCGGAAGACGGACAAACCAAUGACUUCGGUGGUGUCUGGAAGCGAGCUAUUUUCACGAUUCAUCACAUUGGCCAAGUUUGAUGAUAAAACCAUGGACGAGGUGCGGCAAAUUAUGUUAAGCAGGGGGAAGUUGUUCCUGGACAAAUUGCUGGAAAGUAGACACAUCAUUGCGAAGCAGGCUACAGGUUUCAUCAGCGACGGAUGUCGAAUUCUUACCCAUGCUCGUUCCAGAACCGUACGUGACACAUUGAUCCUAGCAGCCAAAAUGAACAAACGUUUUCAUGUUUACUGUACACAGAGUUUUCCAGACAAUCAAGGCGAACAGAUGCUUAAAGAACUGCAAGCGGAAGGAAUCGAGUGUACGCUAAUUCUGGACUCUGCCGUUGGUUACGUGAUGGAAACUGUCGAUCUGGUGUUUGUCGGUGCGGAAGGAGUUGUGGAAAGCGGUGGUAUAGUUAAUCGGGUCGGUACCGUCACGAUGGCAAUGUGCGCACGAGAAAUGAAGAAACCUUUCUACGUGCUUGUCGAAAGUUUUAAGUUCAACCGGAUGUAUCCUUUGAAUCAGCGAGAUUUACCGAAUGAUUACAAGUAUUCGAAAAAGAAUCUCGCCGACAUCGCUAAAGCGCAUCCACUCGUAGAUUAUACACCACCUCUAUACAUUACGCUUCUUUUCACCGAUCUAGGAAUUUUGACACCUUCAGCUGUUAGCGACGAAUUGAUAAAACUUUAUUUAUAAUACUUGUGGAAUGAAAAUGUAUUUAAAAAAUAAUUAAAAUCAGACAUUCGAUUUUGUCUAUCUAAAACAAUUGGCCUGAAAAUGCUUAGCUGCUGAACUAAAGUUACAAAAAAUGUUUCAACCGUUAAAAAAAAUCUAAAAUAAUUAAACAGACUUUUUACAAAGGAAAAAGUGAGCUUGAGUUUUGAGAGAAAACAUAUUUAUUUUUUGCAAAAUUACAAAUAACGUUUAAAAUUAUAAUCUGACUAUAAAACGAUAGAUACCGGAGCAAAAGUUAUUUUUUUACCUUUGUUUUGUGAUGUGAGCUUGAAAAUGGUUCACUGGAAACGAAAAUCUAAGCGAGUGUUUAUUAAAUGUUGAGGAUAACAGCGUAAAUGUUGACAUGUGAUUUCAUUAAAACGGCAUGGUUUCGACCAAACAACUGUAUUU